CUUACUCCUCCAGGGUCCCACGUCGAGAUCUUAGGCCCCGCCACUCCACUUCGGUAUUCUCGUCCCACUACAGGUCGCAACUUUGCGCUGGUAUUGGAUUGGAUUGGCAUUUAUUUACCUACGCCCGACUCGACCCAAAGCAACAACAAAAACAGGCCUAGCCCGUGAUACGAAAACUUCCUCCAAAUUGUUCUUCACUCUCCUCCACUACGUCUCGAUUAACGAGAGAUCAUGAAAGGCGUCGAGCCGGAUCUUGCCCAGCGCCUUAAGAGAUUGAGACGCGUCAAUAGCUCUGUGUCUUGACCACCGACCAAGCUUUUACACCCAAUUUACUUUUUCCAGCCAUGUCUUAUCAAACGGCUGUUACUACCGAGGCUCAGGCCGGCACAAUUCCACUGCGACAUCCCGAUACCAUGACUGAUCGACCGCCGCCUCCUCCCCCGGUGCCCUCUUCCGAUCCUCAUUUGAUCGCCGACGACCCCUCCGCACCGAAAACCUCUGCCGAUCAUGGCCUCUUCGAGAUGUCACCAGCAGAAGCACUCGCUCUGCUGAGCGCUGGCGUCGAGCUUCUUGUCAGGAUAACGGGCGAUGUACCUCCGACACCACCGCCAAAAUCUCCUACCGUGCCGCACAUGAGUGGCAUGCAAGCCGAGAAGGAGAAUAUUGUGCGAUCAUACUCUGAUAAGAAUCUGGCGAAAUUGAGGAAACAGGCUGAGCUUGAGGCUAAGAGAUUGGCUGCCAAAGAUAAGCCUGAGCCUGUGCAUGACAAUCAACCAGAGUCAGGGAAUAUUGAUGGUGUGCGACUGAAGCCUCACCCAGGUCUCAUGUCGCCGCCACCUCAAUCAGAGCCUUAUGUUGUCGUGGGAGCCGAUUCUCAGCCUGUCAAUUUGCAGCACAGCGCUAUAACACGCAAAUUCUACAGCAAGAAUGAGCCUCCGAUCACUAUCAACCAAUAUCUUCAGCGACUACACCAAUUCUGUCCCAUGAGCACCGCAGUAUACCUCGCGACAUCACUGUAUAUACACCGGUUAGCCGUUGAGGAGCGAGCUAUCCCUGUCACCCGGCGCAACGCACAUCGUUUAGUCCUGGCUGGUCUUAGAGUUGCCAUGAAAGCUCUUGAAGAUCUAUCUUAUCCUCAUGCCAAGAUGGCUAAGGUGGGUGGCGUCAGUGAAGCAGAACUGGCCAGGUUGGAGAUAAGCUUCUGUUUCCUGGUUGGAUUCGAACUAGUUGUUGGUGAGACUCGACUACGGAAACACUACGAGCGACUGAGAGAUCGCACAUCGCAUCACGGCUUCGAUAAUGCUGAUGUUCCUAUAUUAAACCUCAAGCCUCGGUCACGCGGCGGGGUUUAGCCAGCAGCAUAGACAGCUGGCUCACCUACUUACCCUAUUUACCUAUAUUUCACGCAUCAUGGUUUGGGACAUUUGAGAGCACGGAAUCUGCAUGUCAUUUUGUUUUUUAUUUUUGGGGCGCCGUACUUUAUGGUGUUUAGCACGAGCAUUGUACAUGGCUUUUUACCUUGCACAUAGUCUAGGCGUGGCAUUAUGAGAUGAGAGGCAUAUAUGUUGGAGUGCAUCAUGAAUUUAUACCCAGACUUUUCAGCAUA